UUUCCUCCCACAAUCCAAAGACAUGCAAGUGAAGUGAAUUGGAGAUACUAAAUUGUCCAUGACUGUGUUUGAUAUAACCUUGUGAACUGAUGAAUCUUGUGUAAUGAGUAACUACCGUUUCUGUCAUGAAUGUAACCAAAGAGUGUAAAACAUGAUGUUAAAAUCCUAAUAAACAAACACACACCCACAAUACUUAUGGUAAAUGUUGCAUUUAAUAGAUCUUGACUCUACUAUGCCACGCAAGAAGGUGACCGAUGUUUCCGGGAACGGUGGAGUGAAGAGAAAGAGAGCAAGUGGUAAGAAGAAAGACAGGGAGUUCAGCAGCGACGAUGAGUUCGAUGACUUUGAGCAAGAGAACACAAAGAAGCCAGGCAAGCAAGCCACCAAACCCGGCCUCCAGCCCGUCACUGUGUCUGAUGACGUGAAGGAGAAGAUUAAACUUGAGGUACCCAAUGUAAAAGGUCAGCUGCUCAUUUUUGGUGCUACUAACUGGGAUCUGAUUGGGCGAAAAGAAGUGCCGAAACAGCAAGCUGCUUACAGAAACCUAGGACAGAAUCUAUGGGGUCCUCACCGAUAUGGCUGUCUGAAUGAUGUAGUCGUCAGCAGUGUGGUAUCCGGGCCCUGUGCUGCCCACAGCCUACUUAUUACAACAGAGGGCAAACUCUGGAGCUGGGGUCGCAAUGAGAGAGGACAACUUGGCCAUGGAGACACCAAACGCUUAGAUGCCCCAAAGCUUGUAGAGGGUUUGGGUGAUGAGGUGAUAGUGGCUGCUGCCUGUGGUCGGAACCACACCCUUGCCUUAACUGAAAAUGGUACUGUCUACUCUUUCGGAGAGAACAAACUCGGGCAGCUUGGUCAAGGCAAUCAGACAGAUGCAGUUCUUAGUCCAGCCACAGUCGCAUAUAACGGACAGCCAAUAGUUAAAGUAGCUUGUGGUGCUGAGUUCAGCAUGGUGGUGGACUGUAAGGGUAACAUUUACUCCUUUGGGUGUCCAGAAUACGGCCAGCUAGGGCAUAAUUCUGAUGGGAAGUUCAUAGCAAGGGCUCAACGUAUUGAGUUUGAUUGUGAGCUUAUUCCUCGUCGAGUUGCUAUUUUUAUUGAGAAAACCAAGGAUGGCCAGGUGCUUCCUGUACCCAAUGUCGUGGCACGGGAUGUUGUCUGUGGUGGCAAUCACACACUGGUGCUGGACUCACAGAAGCGUGUUUUCUCCUGGGGUUUCGGAGGCUAUGGGCGUCUAGGCCAUACAGAACAAAAGGAUGAGAUGGUCCCUCGCUUGGUCAAGCUCUUCGAUUUCCCCGGACGUGGUGCCGCCCAGAUAUACUGUGGAUACCAGUGUUCCUUUGCUGUCAAUGAAAUGGGUGGUCUAUUUUUCUGGGGUGCGACAAAUACAUCUCGUGAGUCGACCAUGUACCCAAAAUCUGUGCAGGACCUGUGUGGCUGGAAGAUUCGCAGUCUGGCCUGCGGAAAGAGCAGUAUUAUCAUAGCUGCUGAUGAGAGCACUGUAAGCUGGGGACCUUCACCUACAUUUGGAGAGCUGGGAUAUGGAGACAACAAACCCAAGUCAUCCACUACCGCUCAGGAAGUGAAAACUUUGGAUGGAGUGUAUUCAGAACAUGUGACGAUGGGCUACGCACACUCGCUGGUUAUUGCCCGUCAGGAAACCGAUCAGGAGAAGGAGAAACUAAAGAAGCUGCCAGAGUACAACCCACGCACACUGUGAUUCUAUCAGGUCAAUCGUGUUCUUCAGAGGCUUCUGUUGCCCACUCAGAGCCUUUUGCCUACUAUGUCAUCAGUGUUCAGUUUGGUUGGGAUGAGUUUUUUUUUUUUUUAGGACCACAGAUUAAAAGUCGCAAGUAAAGUGAUAAACUGAUAUAAAUUUGGACUGCAGUAUGAAACGGAAUUUACCGGUUUUAUUACUCCACAUGUUCAGCUAAGAGGGAACAUCAUAUGGCUCUCUCCAAGCACUUACACUUCAUCAGACUUUUACUUCACAUUCCUAAAGGACAUUCUGUGUUUUGUUAUACUGUUUUUUUUUUUUUUCCCCCCAUGUUUUUGUUAUCCUUGAGGUUGGCUGGAAAAAAAACGCUGCCUCUGGUCUCUCAAAUCUGGUGCUAAAUCAUUUCAGGCAGAAGGCUUUGGCUGGUUCACUAUCACUGAGAAGACAAACACUCCAUGCUUGUGCCUUUAAGUGAUGUAAUUCAGGCUGUGGUGCUUUGUUGUCCCAAAGAUAAUGUCUGUCUGUGUAAUCUGGGACCAUAGCUGUACGUGUUUGUUUUCAGUGAACGAGGUCACGUCAUACCAUGUUUUAUAAAUUGUGCCAUCUUUGACUUGUGCUUAAUUGUUGGUCAUUUCUAUUUCUGUUAUUGAAGUGACCUGCCUGUAAGUCAUUGUUUGAAAGUCAUUGUUUGAAUUGUCUGUGUGCAGGAUGUUGGGAGGUUAAGCUAUGUUCUGUUUUACAGAUUUGUGUAAUGCUUGAAACAUUGGGCAAUUUUUCAAUUUUCAUUUUAAAUAAAGGUUUGUUAAUGUUG